GAUGAAAACUUCAGUAAUGAGUAAACGUAAAUUGAAGGAGAGCAGUGGGGUGAGUGGAGAAUGCAUUUCACAGGUGCAAAAAAUUUUACGUGAAAGAUUCUGUCACCAUUAUGCUCCUGGAAAACUGUUUGGGAUGGACCAUCAGUACAGACAUCUGCUGGAACUGCUGAAACGAAGCACGGUUCAUGGAGAAAGUAAUUCUGCCCUCGUUAUUGGACCCCGAGGAUCGGGAAAGACUGCGUUAUUAAAUCGGGUUUUAAAAGAGAUCAGAAAAAUGAAACAAGUUAGAGAGAACCUCUUGGAAGUUCAUCUGAAUGGUGAAAUUUCAGCAAACGUUGUGACAAGGCAGCUCCUCUCCUGCAAACUGCGAGCUGCCCUCAGACACCUCCUCAGCCCUCAGGGUUGUGUGGGCACUGUAGUUCUGUGUACAGAGAUGCUGGCUGUGAGUAACGUUACCGUGCAUCACCCGCUUAUCACUGCCUUGGAUCUUCAGGAGGCAAACAGGCAGCACAGAACGGACUCGAGAGCCAAUAUUGUACAUGGUUUGUCUGUCCUGGAAAUCUGCCUAAUUAUAGCUAUGAAACACUUAAACGAUGUUUAUGAAGGAGAACCAUUUAACUUCCAGAUGGUUUACAACGAAUUCCAGAAGUUCAUACAAAGGAAGGCACAUUCUAUGUACAACUUUGAAAAGCCAGUUGUCAUGAAGGCGUUUGAACACUUAAUACAACUGGAAUUAGUAAAACCAAUCGAAAGACCGUCUGUCCGUGCCCAGAGGGAGUAUCUCCUCAUGAAUCUGCUCCUGGACAACAACCAGAUCAUGGACGCGCUGCAGGCCUAUCCCAACUGCCCCACGGACGUGAAGCAGUGGGCAGCCUCCUCGCUCAGCUGGCUCUGACCUGCGGCCAUCGCUUCUGCGCUCCCAGCCAUGCAGCUUUUUUCCUCCAGGUUAAUAAAUUUUUGGAAG